CAAGAACACAAGACACAUCUCUAAUAUAAUAUCCUGCAGAAACCUCAGUUUGCUGUUUGGAGCAGAUUUCCUCAGAUUUAAACCGUACUGCAUCAGAGGAAGACACAGAUUUCUCUGGGACAUUUACCUGUACUGAAUUCUGCCAGAUAUUCGAUGUUUUUCUGCUUGAACCGCCAAGGAAGAAGAGAAGAUCCUUAGUUGAAGCUCUUGAAGAAGUAAUAAAACCAGAUUGAGUCGAGGGUGAUUUGUUCCUUAACUUUGUUCUUCUGUUGCAUCAAGAUGAGUUUCAAUGGUAAAACCACUCGUGAGAAAGGAGGAAGAGACCCACCUAAUGUCAGUUUAGAUUUAGUCAUUUAUGAUUUGUUAUCAUAUUUUAAUGAGUUUACGUCCUUGCAUGAUGCUAAAAAAGAGGCUGAAGAUAAAUAUGGCAUUAAAAAGGAGCAUGAUAACUGCUGGCCAGCUGAUGACAUCAAACGAGCCUGGGGGAAAACAAAGAGAAUGGACAAAACAUCCUUCAGAAGACAACACUGGACACUUGUGAUAAUGAUGCAGGUGUUGCAAAAACAGAGGGCUGGAAAUUUAAUCCAAUCAGAAUGUAGAUCCUCUCAAAUCACAGCUGGACGGGGCAGAAUGGGAGCUGCUGGGGGAGUGGAGCAGCAUUCUGGAAGAAACCUCCAAACAUCUAGCUCUGGGCAAACAGGUGGUGUCAGUAGGGAAACCAUCUACAUACGUAUUCCACGCUUUGUAAUGUUUCACAAUGAACAAAUUGUAGGAGAACAAUUUGGAACCAUCCAAUCUCACUUCAAAUUAAAAGAUGGACUUCCUGGACCAAUGAAUGAGAAUUCUGAAAUAAUGAAAAGAAAAUCUUAUGUCAUGUCCUUCAACCAUCAAACCGGGAAUGCUGACUGGGUGUAUGAGAUACUGAAUGUGAAUACUUUAGCUGACAAUUCUCUGGACCCAGCAUUAUUUGGACAUGGCUAUGACAGAGGUCAUCUCGCUGCGGCUGCCAAUCACAGGUGGUGUCAGGAAGCCAGAAAUGAUGCUGAUAUGUUCACCAACAUAGUACCACAGCAUACGAUGUUAAACAGAGGCUCAUGGCUAGCAUUGGAAAAUGAAUGUCAAAGAAGAGCAAGAGCUCAAAAUAAUAUCCAUGUGUACUCUGGACCACUUUACCUAAGAGAAAUGGUUCCUCGAGUGAUACAAGGGAAAUGGGUGCCAAGUCACUUCUUUAAGGUGAUAAUUGAGGAGGAUUUGAAUGGGAGAGUAAAUUUGCUGCACUGCCAUAAGGUGCCCAAUGGGAAUCUCCCUGAGGAUCCUGAUAGAGGUCGUCUAAGCACAAACACUGACGCCACCAUUGAAGAGAUUCAGCAAAACUCUGGGCUGACUUUCAUAGAACGCAGACCCAAUGUUGGCCAGAAUGCAAUGGUCAAUCAAAUCACAGUGAGAUUGCAUGGAGAAGAUAGAAACGGAGUGGCACAAACUGCUGUUAUACAAGUCGCAGUGACCCUAUAGACAAACACACUCCAUGAUAGAGCUGACAUGUGUCUUUCUUUACAAAUCUACAUUUAUUAUUAUCAUUAUUAUUAUUAUUACUAUUAUUAUUAUAGUGUCCAGCAGAUUCAGAAACUUCAAGAUUGUUUAAAAGUCAUCUCAUGUGGAAACAUUAUGGCAUUUGUGAGGACAUUUCUUUUAUUCUAAAAUUCUGCUUAUAUGUGAUUUAAUAUACAGAACAUUAUCAGAUGUCAUUUAUAAUUAUGUAUUUUGAGAUAUUUUAUUUUGUAUAUAUAUUGGCAGGAAAAUCCAAAGAAAACUAUCAUAAGAAUGUGAUUUUUAAGACAUGAUUUGUGGAGAGUGGGAAUAUACAAAUGUUCUAUGUAUGUUUUAUUACCUUUACAUAUAUUCAUUCAUAUUUGAUGAGUUUUUUUUUUCAGUUAUGUAUUUUCACAAGUAUAUUCAUCUUACAAUUAUCUUAUGAUUUUGGCUAUGAUUUACAAUCUCUGAAUAUUAUAUGACAUUUUUAUAGGAGUGUUCAGUUAUACUCAUUUAUGUCUUCUAGAAUACUCCUUGAAGUUUAAUUCAGGUCAUCCAGUACCUUUUACAUUUUGUUUUCCUUCAUUUGACAAAACAAUGGUCUAGUUGAUAUAUUUUUCCUUCAUUAAACAUA